AUGAUUACAGACAACCUUGAAUGGCUUUCUCGUCUUUCUUCUCUAAAAUCACUUAGAAUCGGUUCUACCGAUUUUACAAAAGCAUCAAACUGGCUCCAAGUAAUUCAAUCUCAUCCUUCCCUCUCAGUUUUAGUCUUAGAAGAGUGUGACUUUGCAGAGGUUGAUCCUUCAUCUCUUUCCCGUUUUAACUCUUCAAAUUCUCUGGCUGUACUGAGCCUAACUUCAGGAUUUAGUUUGCAUCCUUCAACUUUUCCUCUGUUGCUGAAUAUAAGUAGUAACUUGGUUCAACUCGACCUCUCUUCUAACAAUUUAUCAGGUUCGAUUCCAGAUUCCUUUGAGAACAUGCCAGCUCUAGAAUUCAUUAAAUUCUACAAUAAUCGUCUCGAAGGAGGAAUACCAAAAUCCAUGGGGAAUCUUUGCAGUUUACAAGCAUUAGACAUGAGGUUUAACAACCUCUCUGAACCUCUCACCGUUACUCUGGAAAAGUUAAGUGGGUGUGCUAAGGAUUCUCUGGAGAUUUUGGCGUUGGCUUUUAACGAUCUCUAUGGGUCAAUGCCCAGUUUCGUACCAUUUUCAUCCUUGACAAUAUUAGAACUUCAAAAUAACCGACUGAGCGGACGAGUUCAAGAUAACUUUGGAAAUUUUUCCGAGCUCACUUUUUUAAAUUUGGCAGGAAACCGAUUCACUGGACCAUUGCCCGAUCUUUCAAGAUUAUCAUGGUUGAGAAAUUUGUAUCUUGCAAGUAACCAACUUGAAGGGCCUUUUCCAGUCAGCAUCGGAAAAAUGUCUCAACUUGUGCUCUUGGAUGUUUCCUCAAACGCCUUGAAUGGUGUCAUUUCCGAAGCCCACCUAUUUAAUCUUUCCCAGUUGAGACUACUUUUCAUCUCUUUUAAUUCUUUGUCUUUGAACCUCAGCUCUGAUUGGAUCCCUCCCUUUCAACUUGAUUAUAUUGAAAUGAGAUCCUGUGAGCUAGGUCCGCAGUUUCCUGGCUGGCUUAGACGGCAAACUAAUUUCUCCCACCUGGAUAUCUCCCACUCCAAGAUUUCAGACGCCAUCCCCUACUGGUUUUGGAAUCUGCCUUCGAGACUAAUGUAUUUAAACCUUUCCUUCAACAACAUCAGUGGCAGCGUUCCAAAUCUGCCAUUAAAAUUGGAUUAUAUCCCUGUAAUAGAUUUAAGAUCGAACCUAUUUUAUGGUCCCAUACCUCAAUUUUUUUCCAACUCGACAGUAUUGGAUCUGUCCAACAACAUGUUCUGCGGACCAUUGUCUUUCUUAUGCACAAAGACGGAUAAUCUUUUGGGAUAUCUUGACCUCUCUAACAAUUUGUUAUCGGGUAGCAUUCCAGAUUGUUGGAUGACGUACAGGCUGUUGACUGUUAUCAAUUUGGAGAAUAAUAAUUUGUCAGGGAUAAUCCCCAAUUCAGUAGGCUCACUAGCUCUACUUGAAUCAUUGCGGUUACGGAACACUAGUUUGUAUGGUGAAUUACCUCAAUCCCUAGAAAAUUGUAGAGGAUUGAAACUUCUAGAUCUGGGGGAGAAUAAAUUAACUGGAAUCAUUCCACCAUGGCUAGGGGAACGACUCAAGAGUUUGAUUGCUCUUUGUCUCCGAUCAAAUGGGUUUCAUGGCAACAUUCCUUCAACUCUAUGUCGCCAGCAGUUUCUUCAAAUAUUGGAUCUUUCUCUGAACAAUUUAUCAGGAACCAUUCCAUCGUGCCUCAACAAUUUGACAGCCAUGGCUCACCUUCGGAGUUUGCAAGCAACAGUCCACUCCUCGUAUCCUUAUGCUGACGCCGAUUUCACAGGGAGUUUUACUUCCAAUAUUUGGAUGAUGGGUACCUACGAUGAUCAUUUAUUAGUUAUAUGGAAAGGUUUGGAACAAGAAUAUGGCAAAACCCUUGGAUUACUAAAGAUCAUUGACUUGUCAAGUAAUCAAUUAAGUGGGGAAAUCCCUGAAGAAAUAGCAAGUCUCCAAGGGUUGAUUACUCUGAAUCUAUCAAGAAACAUGUUGAGAGGAAGCAUUAUUAGGGGGAUUGGCCAAUUGCAAAGGUUGGAGUCACUCGAUUUGUCAACAAAUAGCCUUUCUGGUGAAAUUCCGAAGAGUAUGGUUGAUUUAUCUUUUCUGAGUGUUUUGGACUUAUCGAACAACAAUUUGUCAGGAAAAAUUCCCUUAAGCACUCAACUGCAGAGUUUCAAUGGUUCUUCAUAUUCAGGGAAUCCGGGGCUGUGUGGAGCCCCGUUGAGUAAGUGUCCUGGAGAUGAAAUAACAAGGCCUCCAAACAAUGGUGGUAGUGAAAGUAGCACUGAUAGGGAUGAAGAAUUGUUUGAGCCUUUGUGGUUUUUUACUGGCAUGGCGGCUGGAUUCGUUAUUGGAUUUUGGGGGGUUUUGGGUACAUUAUUGCUUAACAGGUCUUGGAGACAUAGAUAUUUUGGGUUCUUGAGCAAGUUAGGAGAAUGGAUCUGCUUGACAAUGGCAUUGAAGAUGGCAAAGUUGCAACGGAGACUUUGAUUGAAAGGCAAAGGUAUGUAACGCUCUCCAUUUUUCUCAUCUAAAUACGUCCUGCUUGCUCAGGCCUGCCUCCUCGUGACUCAUGAUGAGA